AUGGACCCAGGCACCUUCAGUGGGGAGAAAGCCGCGGCCUUGGCCGAGCUGGGCGUGACACGAGCGUCGGUGGGCGUUCAAAGCCUCGAUGAUGAGCAGCUGCAGCGGUGUGGCCGAAAGCACACAGCCCAAGAGGCCAAGGAGGCCAUCAGACUCUUGCGUUCAGUGGGACUAGAGAACAUCAGCGCGGACCUUCUGAGUGGCUUGCCCCAGCAGAGUGAGGAGCAGCUGGUCUCUGAUCUUCACGAGCUGGUUGCGUGGGGCGUGGACCAUUUGUCUGUCUAUGACCUGCAGUACGAGCCCGGCACUGCCUUCGGCCGCCGCUGGCCCGUGGCCGGCGAAACGGGGCGGCCCGGCGAGGCGGCGGCCGCGGCGCUCUACGAGACGACGCAUUGGGAGCUGGAGAAGUUGGGCUUCGAGCAUUACGAAGUGUCCAACUACGCCCGCUUCACCCAGACCCUUCUCCAGGGGCCCGAAGGAGGCGCAGCUGGAGGGGUCAGCAGCCGAAGUCAGCACAACCAGAUCUACUGGCAUGGUGCGCCCUACGCAGCCUACGGCAACGGGGCGGCCUCCUUCGUUCACUCCAUUCGGGCCAGUCGGCCCCGCUCACUGGAGUCCUAUUGCCGCUGGGUGGAAGCAGGAGGUCCUCUGGAAGGCUUAGAGUUGGACACCUCUCAGCGGGACAGCCGGGCCGAUGCACUGUGCGAGACCACCAUGCUGCGUCUCCGCACCAUGGAGGGCUUGACGCUUCAAGCAGAGGAUGGCGAGACCGAGCGGUGCUUGCAGGCCAUCUUUGGUGCCCUGGAGCCAUGGCAAGAGGCAAAGCUCGCCUCUGCCUCCUUUGCCGAUGGCUCAUUGGCCACUCCAUAUCAGUACCUCCAUAACCCUGAAGAGGGGCCUGCGGCCGAGCAAAGGGGAAAGAGGGGACAGGGAGAGCAGAUGAGAGCGGGCUAG